CCGCUCCAACUAAAGCAAACCAAACAAAUAAGCAGCACAAAUAAAGGGUGUGCGGUAUUUGACUUUUGGUAUAUAUGUGAAUAUCAUUGUGGUGGUUAUCCUCCUGUGCGGGUAUUUGGUCCAUCCAUCACUCCACCUACAAACAUUUCCAAUCGAAACUACCUGUUGCACCAAGUGUCUAUCGGGAACAACCUCUCUACCCUACAAAGGUAGGGUAAGGUCUGGUACAUCCUACCCUCCCCAUACCUCUCUUGUGGGAUUACAUUGGUUAUGCCAUUGUUGUACAAAAGAAAAAAGUUGUUGCUUUGGAAGUCAAGGUCGUGUGAGCAUCUUGCAGUAUGUGAAAAAUCAAUUGAAUCUUUUUAGUAAGAAAACAAAAUUACAGAUGGCAGGACAGGUGGCUUUCACAUCAAGUUUUAAGCUGCUUGACAGUGGACAGCUCUUGAAACAGCAACUCUUCAUGCCGAAAAGCUCACCUAUGUUAAUGCACAGGGGAUUUUGCUUUGGGAGUUGUAAAAUAUCUCGCUUUCCAUCAUCGAGCAUGUGGAAGGUCAUUACUCCGUACUUAAUGAAGUUGGAGAGAAGAUCAAAAAUGCAAAGUUGCAAGAGUUGCUUUUGCCUCGCUUCUCUUGUUGAUGCUGAUGCUAUAGUAACUUCUGAAUGGGUUCCUACCAUUGACCAAAUGCUUCUCAUGACCAGCAUAGUCCUUACAUAUAUAGCUGGAGUAAUACCUACUGUAAAAAAUUCUCCUUUAGAUACUGGAGGAAAGAUCCAAAGUGGAGAUGUGGACCCUGAAAGGAUGACCUCUUUGGGUAGUGUGAGGAGAAACAAUGAUCGCAUCAGCAUAGAAUUUGCAUGGGAUGUCGUAAAAGAAAAACUAAUGAAUUCUCGGUCUUCCAUAAAACAAGUGGAUCUUGGUGCUAUUGAAUUUGAACAGAAUCGUGGAAAACAACCUUCAAAUUUGUCCGCCCUUGCUCAAGGUCCAAGGUUAAGGCUGUUGUGGGCGUCCUUUCAAUUGCUCAAGAAAGAGGUAGAUAGUAUUUCUGCAAAUGCUGUUACCUCCGGCAAUGAUGACUCUCUGGGCAUUUUUAAUGAUGUCAUUCAGAGGUUGUGCCAGCCUUUAUGUGUUAUUUGGCUUGAAGAGGAACUCUCUCUGCGAAAUGGCAAAACUAACACAGAAUAUCUUUCUUCAGCAAUUAAUAACUUAAAUGGAUAUGGAGUCCUGACAAACAUCAGAAAGUCAGGGAAGGAGCAACUAUUUGCUGAAUUUAUUUGUGUUCUUAGCUUUGGUUUUCUCAGGAAACCUGGCUUUUAUAAUGAUAGCUUGUUUAUGGAGCACGGAGUUUCUAUACUGGAGGAUUUGGUUAUAAUAUUGGCAGAUGGGAUUGCAAGUAUGUAUUUGGAGCUUAUAUCUGUUGAUAGUAGUAUGUCAAAUGAAAUGAACAACCUUGGGUUGAGUUUAUGUACAUUGUCAACCCGAGCACUUCAGAAAUUACGCAACGAGGCUGCUAUGAACCAAUGGUUGCAUCAGAACAUGGAAGCUGUUGUCUCCAUGUAUGAAGAUCGGUUUGACUUGUACACCUUUCAACACCAGCUUAUCGAGGAAUCUAGCAAGAGCAAAGUUCAAAAUGAUAAUUGGUGGAAGAAGCUUAGGGUGAUGAGUUCUCAGCCUGUUUUAUCUCAAUUGAGUACUAUUUUGAUCAACCAAAUCUCUAUACCUGUUAAACGCACCAAGGAACUGAGGGCCUUGACUGGAUGGAGAUAUUACUACAGCCUUCUCCUUGAAUUGGCUGAUAUUGCCAUGCCGAUGAUAAGAACUGUCAUUUCUAGGUUGAGCGAUGCUAUCUCAUUUUUUCUGGUUAGCUUGAUAGGGCGGUCCUUGGGACUUAUCUAUACUGGGAUAAGACAAUCCCUGCGAUGGAAGUAAAACUAGUAGUAGUCAGUUCUUUGCAUUCACUACAAAAUUUUCUUCAUUGUUUACAGAUGCAUGAGAGAAUGCUUCAAUUCUUUUUAGGUGCCCAUUUAAACAUUCUCUGGUUAAUUUCUUACUUUUUGUUUCCCAGUACUAGUUAAAAUUUUAACUGUUGAAGAAACUUCCUUAAAGUUACUCUUCUAUUGAAGUUUAUUUUGUGAUUGUUAUCUUGUAGUAUAUUAUUGUAUUGUACUCAGAGUUCA